CAGAACAAAACAUAAACAUCGGAGCCAAAACCAAAACGAAAACCCUCUUUCUUUUCUCUUUCUCUUCUCUUUCUCCUCUCUUCCCUCCAAGUCCAUGAAAGAGCACUGAAACGACAGCGUUUAGUCAAGAGAGGAAUUAUGGCUCAGAAGCCUCACCUGCAACUCAAGGAGCUGGGAUCCAAGCUCGAGACUCUUCCUUCCUCCAAAGACGCUAUCGUCAAGCUCUUGAAGCAAGCAACCCCAUGUCUUGCUGAGUUGGACCAGUCACCUUCGACAUCAACAUUGGAGUCAAUGAAGCCUUUCUUUAAUGCAAUUGUUAAGCCAGAACUGCUGAAGCACCAAGAUAGGGAUGUCAAGCUUCUAGUUGCAACAUGUGUUUGUGAGAUAACUCGGAUCACUGCACCUGAAGCUCCAUACAGUGAUGACAUUCUGAAGGAUAUUUUCCACUUGUUUGUGGGCACUUUUAGAGGUCUAAGUGAUACCAAUGGUGCAUCCUUUGGCCGGAGAGUCGUUAUAUUGGAGACGCUCGCCAAAUAUAGAUCCUGUGUUGUGAUGUUGGAUCUUGAAUGCAAUGAUCUGGUGAAUGAAAUGUUCAGUAUUUUCUUUGCAGUUGCCAGAGAUGAUCAUCCGGAAAGUGUUCUGUCUUCCAUGCAAACUAUAAUGGUGGUUCUCUUAGAAGAGAGUGAGGAUGUGCGUGAAGAUCUUUUAUCUAUUCUGCUUUCUAAAUUAGGCCGUGAAAAAAGAGCUGUUAAUAUGGCUGCAAGGAGGCUUGCUAUCAAUGUCAUACAGCAAUGUGUAGGAAAACUUGAACCCAGCAUUAAACAAUUUUUGCUAUCAUUAAUGUCUGGAGAUAGCAAGCCGCUGAGCAAUCAAGUGGAAUACCAUGGAGUUAUCUAUGAUCUAUAUUGCUGUGCUCCUCAGAUCUUGUCUGGAGUACUCCCCUAUGUGACUGGAGAGCUACUGUCUGACCAGCUGGAAACCCGUUUGAAAGCUAUGAACUUGGUUGGCGAUAUAAUCUCUGUUCCUGGAUCUUCCAUUUCUGAAGCAUUUCAGCCCAUAUUUUCAGAAUUUUUGAAGAGGUUGACUGAUAGAGUUGUUGAUGUCCGCAUGUCUGUCCUUGAGCAUGUAAAGAAAUGUCUGCUGUUGAAUCCUUUCAGAUCUGAAGCUCCUCAGAUAACAUCUGCCCUUUGUGAACGGCUGCUGGACUUCGAUGAAAAUGUUCGAAAACAAGUUGUGGCUGUUAUCUGCGAUGUGGCAUGUCAUGCCCUAGAUGCUGUUCCACUUGAAACUGUGAAACUUGUUUCAGAACGGCUCCGUGAUAAAUCUCUACUUGUUAAAAAGUAUACAAUGGAAAGAUUGGCUGAAGUGUAUAGAGUUGUUUGUGAAAAGAGCAGUGAUACUGUCAAUUCUAAUGAAUACAACUGGAUUCCUGGGAAGAUUCUUAGAUGUUUCUAUGACAAAGAUUUCAGAUCUGAUAUAAUUGAAUCUGUUCUGUGUGGAUCACUGUUUCCUGUAGAAUUUUCAGUCAGUGUUAUUGCUAAACAUUGGAUUGGAAUUUUCUCUGGAUUUGAUAGAGUGGAGGUAAAAGCUCUUGAAAAAAUACUGGAGCAGAAACAAAGGUUACAGCAAGAGAUGCAGAAGUAUCUGUCUUUGAGGCAGAUGAGUCAGGAUAAAGAUAUUCCCGAGGUGCAAAAGAAGAUUCUUUUCUGUUUCAGAGUAAUGUCCCGUUCGUUUGCUGACCCUGUAAAAGCUGAAGAGAGUUUCCUGAUUCUGGAUCAAUUAAAAGAUGCUAAUAUCUGGAAGAUUUUGACAAAUCUCGUUGAUCCAAAUACUAGCCUCCAUCAAGCUCGUGCCUAUCGGGAUGAUUUGCUUAAAAUACUUGGAGAAAAACAUCGUCUCUACGAGUUUUUGAAUACCUUCUCUGUGAAGUGCUCUUAUUUGCUUUUUAACAAGGAGCAUGUAAAAACAAUUCUCCUGGAAACAACAGCUCAAAAAUCUGCACAAAAUGCUCAGCAUACACAAUCUUGCAUGAAUAUUUUGGUGAUAAUUGCUCGCUUCAGUCCAUUGCUCCUUCGUGGCAGUGAGGAGGAGCUGGUGAAUUUACUGAAAGAUAAUGAUGAUACAAUCAAGGAAGGUGCUCUAAAUGUUGUAGCUAAGGCUGGUGGUACUAUUCGUGAACAACUUGCAGUCACAUCAAGUUCUGUAGACCUUAUAUUGGAGAGACUAUGUUUAGAAGGCAGUCGGAGGCAGGCAAAGUAUGCUGUCCAUGCACUGGCUGCAAUUACAAAGGAUGAUGGCCUCAAAUCUCUCUCUGUUCUAUACAAGAAACUUGUAGAUAUGCUGGAAGAUAAAACAGAUCUGCCUGCAAUACUUCAGUCUCUGGGGUGUAUUGCGCAGACAGCAAUGCCUGUCUAUGUAACCAGAGAGAAGGAAAUUGAAGAAUUUAUAAUAAACAAGAUUCUGAAAAGUGAUAGUCAAGAAGAUAACCCGAAAACAUCUUGGGAUGGUGAAAGCGAUCUUUGUAAGCUGAAGAUAUAUGGCAUUAAAACAUUUGUAAAGAGCUACUUGCCAGUCAAAGAUGCUCAUGUUCGUCCAGAUAUUGACAGGAUUCUGGAUAUACUCAGGAAUAUUUUACUAUAUGGUGAAGUAUCAAAGGAUCUAAAAUCAAGUUUAGUUGAUAAGGCCCAUUUGAAGCUAGCUUCUGCUAAAGCAGUUCUUCGGUUGUCAAGACUUUGGGAUCACAAGAUACCCGUUGAUCUUUUCCACUUAACUUUAAGGGUGCCCGAGGUUAAUUUCCCUCAAGCUAGGAAGAUUGUAUUGAGUAAAAUUCACCAAUAUAUCAAAGACCGCCUUUUGGAUGCCAAAUAUGCAUGUGCUUUCUUAUUGAACAUAUUUGGAUCCAAACCAAACAACUUUGCAGAGGAUAAACAGAACCUGGCCGACAUUAUUCAAAUGCACCACCAGUUGAAGGCACGACAGCUUUCUUCACAAUCAGAUGCAAAUUCCUUGGCCACUUACCCUGAGUACAUUCUUCCAUACCUAGUUCAUACGCUUGCUCACAAUUCAUGUCCGGAUGUUGAUGAGUGCAAGGAGUUUGGAGCAUAUGAUGAUAUAUACCGGCAGUUUCACUUAAUACUUUUAAUGCUACUGCAAAGAGAUGAAGAUGUCAAGUCAGAAGUAACUACUGACAAAGAGAAGGAAAUUAUAUCUACUAUCACUUGUAUCUUUCUGAGUAUCAAGCAUUCUGAAGAUGUAGUUGACACAUCAAAGUCAAAGAAUUCUCAUGCAUUAUGUGACCUUGGUUUAGCAAUAACCAAACGCUUAGUGCAGAAGGAUGUUGAUUUGCUAGGAUUGUCACAUUUGGUUCCUCUACCUCCAAUGCUAUACAAAGCAUCCGAGAAGGAAGGAGAUGACACUGGGGUAACUGAAGUUAAAAGCUGGUUGGCUGAUGAAAAUGCCUUGGCUCACUUUGAAUCUCUUGAACUAGAUAUGGUUCAUUCCCAAUCAGCAGAGAAUGAAGCUUCGAAGGAUGAUGAAAAGGACGGAAAUGAGAUACCUCUGCGAAAGAUGUUAAAGCACAUAAAAUCCCAGGGAUCCAGUGGCAAAAAGGUGAAAAGGAAUAAGUCUGCUUCAGCUGAAACGAAAAAGGAAGAAAAUGAUUUUGACACUGUAAAUAUGGCCAGACAAAUUAAUGGGGAUAACUUAGGGACCUCUUCUAAUGUGGAAGCAAGUAAUGGCCACGGACAUUCUUUGAGUAAGAAGGCUCUGAAGGAUCUAGGUUCUACAGCAGGUAAAAAAAGAAAAGCUAGAGAAACAACACCUGUUCCAGUGCCUAAACGUAGGCGGUCAUCUACUCAUGGAAAAUUGACAUUAUCAACUAGUAUAUCAAAGACAUCUCGAAGAGUUUUAGGAGAAGAAUCCCCUCAACCCAAACUUUUACUGGAUGAAGAAGUUAGCCCUGAUGCAGAUGGCAAAGCCAUCCAGAAAAAAAUGGUCAAAGGCAGGGAAAAAGAUUUGUUAUUAUCCUCAUUAAAGCAAAAGGUUAAAGGUUCUGAUGGUUAUCAUAAUGAUGAGUUGAACAAACCUGAUGAGCAUGACAUGAUGAGUCUUAAUCGUUUACAACUAAGUGAUAAGACUGUUAGUAACAUUAACAAGUCUUCCACGGGGUCCACUAAAAAAGGGAAAAGAAAAAGUAUUGCAGGAAUGGCUAAGUGCACAGCAAAGGGAGGUGAAAUUGACAUUGAAGAUCUAAUCGGUUGCAGAAUUAAAGUUUGGUGGCCUAUGGAUAAGAAAUUUUAUGGAGGCACCAUUAAGUCCUAUGAUCCUUUGAAAAGGAAGCAUGUGAUAUUAUAUGAAGAUGGAGAUGUAGAAAUACUCCGAUUGGAAAAGGAGCGCUGGGAGCUUAUUGACAAGGGCCGCAAAACUACUAAGAAGAUAAAGCUCUCUUCACUUGAAGCUUCUGGGCAAAAGCACAAAAGUUCAAGUGGCUCAUCACGUAAAAAAGCAAAAAAAAUAACCAACGGUAAUCAAUCUUCCAGCAAACCAGUAAACCGUGCAUCAAAAAGUAAUUUGCAUCAUGAGGAUGCCAAAGAGACUUCAGAGAUGUCAAGUCCUAAAGAGACCGCAGCCCUUAAAGCCAAUGAAAUGGACUCAGACCAUGGUGUUCUCAAGUAUCACAUGAAUCGUGAUCUCCAAGUGAAUCCCACAAGUCUAGCACAAUGGUGCUAACAUGCCGUGUGGGUUUCAUUGGAAAUACAAGCGCGAUGCCACAACAAUGUUGUUGAGUCUUCAAUGACGUUGUGAAGUUGGUGAUGCAGACAAUCACAGCUGGCGUAUGCGUUGUAGGUUUGAACUGCAUCCUAGGCUUGCAUCCUCGUCAAGGGUGUUUCCAUGAGGUUGCAAAUGUUGAAUCCAGCUAGUGGGUAAGGGAUAAAAGACAGCGAUUAAGGUUUUAGGAACAAACAAAAGAUAAGGAAAGAAAACGGGGUCGGGUGUGGGCCUUAGGUAUGGGUCUUUUCCUUUAAACGUGGUUGUCUUCCUCCACCCCCAUACUUUCUCGUGACACUCCCACAGUCCCAUAAUUUAAAAAAUGAUCCGUGUCCUUGCUUUUAUUUUGUAUUAUUUUCCGGAACAGGCUUCAAGAAAGCAAAAUUGUGGAAAACAAUCGCAAUAGCCUUAUGCAUUGUAUGUUUGUACUGUGUCGUAGGCUUCCAUCCUUGUCAAGGAUGUUCCGAUGAGUUUGCAAACACUGAAUCCAGCCAGUGGGUGAGGGAUAGAAGACAUUAUUUAGGGUUUAGGAAUAAAGAAAAGAUAAGGAAAGAAAGCCGCGUUUUGGGUAUGGGUCUUUGCUGCCUUCAAAUUGAAUUUAAAGAAAAAGAGAGUAGUGUCCUUUUUUUUUCUUAUUAUUUUCCGGAUUAGACUUUCUAUAAAGCAACAAAUCGUGAUAGAACAAUCUCUAGUUAUUAUGCAACCGGUAGUUAUGGGAUUAACAGCUACGGAUUGAACUUUCUGGAAAAAGUGCUCCCCUGCCACAUUCUAGAACAAGUUUUUCGUAUUCCGAUUAAAAAAUCUAGAAUAAACAUUUUUUUAUUCUACAACAAACAUGUUUCUUUAAUUCUAGAUUAGGUCAUCCAGAAUAAGUAUGGGGUAAUUUUUAGAAACUCACGUGUGUCAUGUAAGUUUUUAAAACUCCUGUAUUUAUUAUGUUUUAUUUUGUGUAUUAUAAAUAGUUAAUUGGGCUGCAACUUUAACUUAAAUGCCCAACAAAUAGUUUGGAGUCUGUCUUUUUUGGAAGGAUAGCCUAGACUUAAAAUUUUGUUAAUAUAUAUUUGUUUCCAUAUUAUGUUAAAAUGAUUCUAAAGAUAUGUUUUUAAUUAUUGAUCACGAAUCUUAUUUUUCACGCUUCAAAAUUCAUACUUCGUAUCCCGAUUCAACUAGCUUGGUUACGA